AUGCAGAAACACCAGAACCCUCAACCAGCUACCUCCGCUCCUAUCGUUGCUCCGCAAGAUGAGACAAAGGUCAUGUUGCAGCAGCUGCUCCAAGGACAACAGCUCCAAGGGAAAGCUCUGAACCAGGUUACUACCGAGAUCAAUACCAGAAUGAACCAUAUGUUCGGAGAUUUGAGCACCAAGUACGAUAAUGUCGCGAGCCAUAUGAGACAGAUGGACAUUCAGAUAGCUCAGACUGCUGAGAGCGUCAAGAGGCAGCAAGGUACUCUACCUGGUAAAACAUACAAAAAUCCUAAGGAGUGCAAUGCAGUUCAAUUGAGGAGCGGAAAACAACUUUCCGAGCCGGAGAAGAGGAGGUUCACCACGGCUGAGAAAGGGAAGCAUAAAGAGUCGGAACAACUACCAGCCGAUACCCCGGCAGUUGAGAGGAAUACGGAACCAGCAGUUGGAACAAGUUCGCCAGGGCCAGAACAACCAGCUGAAGCUGUUCACCUGAUCCCAGAGGUUGUUCCUCCUCGCGAAUACAUUCCUAAAGUCCCUUACCCUGUUCCAGCAAAGGCCACUCGUAAGGACAGAGAGGAGAUGAAGUGCAGGAAGAUGCUGGAUGACCUAACUGUUCGACUCCCCUUGAUGGAUGCGAUCCAGAUGAUGCCCUCCAUGCGCAGCUUUAUGAAGGGAUUGAUCUCAGGAAAAAUAUCAGAGGAGAGCGAAUUCAUGAUAGUUUCCAAGGAGUGCAGCGCAGUGCUUCAGAACAGGCAGAUAAAGAAGCGAGGAGACCCCGGCAAGUUCGUCCUCUCUAUCCAGAUUGGGAAGACAGUUUUUGCAUGCUCCUUGGUUGAUCUUGGAUCCAGCGUGAACCUCAUGCCUUACUUUGUAGCACGACACUUCGUUGUUCUGGAGCUGGAAGAAGAGUCUAAGGAUCCUCUCAUCUUGGGAAGACCAUUCCUAUGUACUGUUGGAGCCAUCAUUGAUGUGCGACAAGGGAAGAUUGAUCUGAACCUUGGGGACAUAGUCAUGCAAUUCGAGAUGGAUGAACUACUAAAAAAGCCGAUGUUAGAUGGGCAGACCUUUGAGGUUGAUGAAGGGAUUGACCCGCUGCAACCUCGCGAAGGAAUGAUCGAGGAGAUUCUUAUAGAAGACCCACUUGAGCUUGCACCAGUAAGAGCUGAGGCCGAGCAGAGUGUCGUAAACAUUGAUGCAGAUGGGUAUGCCAAGAUGCUUGAUUCCGCAAGGAGUAUGGGAAGAAUGGUAGCGAGUCUAAGUCUGGAGGAGGCAAGCAACAGGGUCGAAACCACUCCAUCUAGAGCGACCCCUACACCGAACUCGCCUGUUCUGUCGAACCAACCAGAGGAUCCCUGGAGCGAGCUUAAAGCUCCCAAGGUUGAGCUAAAACCCCUUCCGAAGGGGCUCAGAUAUGCUUUCUUAGGUCUGAAUUCCACAUAUCCUGUCAUUGUCAAUGCUGAGCUAAAUAAUGUGGAAACUGCAUUGCUUUUGUGUGAGAUCCCUAUACAUCCAGACGAUCAGGAGAAGACUACGUUCACCUGCCCCUACGGAACGUACGCUUACAGGAGAAUGCCAUUCGGCCUGUGCAAUGCGCCAGCAACAUUUCAUCGUUGCAUGAUGUCAAUCUUUACUGACCUGAUCGAAGACAUUAUGGAAGCUUUCAUGGACAAUUUCAGCGUCUAUGGAAGCUCCUUUAAUGUAUGUUUGUCAAAUUUGUGCAGGGUACUAAAAAGGUGUGAGGAGAAACAUCUCAUACUCAACUGGGAGAAGUGCCACUUCAUUGUCACAGAUGAGAUUGUUCUGGGGCACAAGAUCUCCGAGAAAGGAAUUGAGGUGGAUAAGGCAAAGAUCGAGGUGAUGAUGAGUUUGCAACCACCAACAAAUGUGAAAGCUAUCAGGAGUUUCUUGGGUCACGCUGGGUUUUACAGACGGUUUAUCCAGGACUUCUCAAGGAUAGCGAGACCACUCACCAGACUGCUCUGCAAGGAGAUCAAGUUCAAUUUCGACAGUGAGUGUCUAGCUGCGUUCCACACCAUCAAAGGAGCUCUAGUCAGGGCACCUAUUGUGCAACCGCCAGACUGGGAUCUCCCCUUCGAAAUCAUGACUGAUGCAAGCGACUUUGCAGUUGGAGCAGUACUUGGGUAG